AUGUCUUCCUUAGGCGACCAAAAGAAAACACCGCUCGAUGCUAUCGUCCAGGGCAGCACCAUGCAAGCAAUGCCUACGUUCUCCGACGUUUCCGACAAGCGCGCCUUCAUGCUGGAUCACAUGGCACAUGCCUUCCACGUAUUUGCGCGCAGAGGCUACAGCGAGGGAAUGGCCGGGCAUAUUUCCGUUCGGGAUCCAGAGUUCCCCGACAGAUUUUGGCUCAAUCCCCUCGGCGUUCACUUUGCGUUGCUAACCCCUGGCGACAUGGCGUUGGUGAACGAACAGGGAGAAGUCAUUGGAGGAAACAAAUCGCGUCCAGUGAACGCGGCAGGGUUCCUCAUUCACUCUGCGAUCCACAGAGCCCGUCCUGAUGUUGUUGCCGCGUGCCACUGUCACACUAGGUUCGGAAAAGCUUGGUCGGCAUUUGGACGCCCCUUUGAGAUGUUAAAUGGAGACGCCGCUAUGUUUUAUGGAGAUGCUCAAGCUGUGCUAACCAGCUAUGGCGGCCUGGUCUUUGAAGAAAGCUUGAGUGAUCCUGUGGCAUCGGCAUUGGGUCUAAAUGGGAGAGGGUUGAUCAUGCAAAACCACGGCUUGCUCACCGUCGGCCAGAGUGUUGACGAGGCCGCUUAUCUCUUUACACUGAUGGAACGUUGUUGUGAGAUACAGCUACUAGUGGAAGCGGCUGCAAAGGACGGCCUCGAGAAGCAAUGCAUCGAUGAUGCUACAGCCAAGCACACUUUCGAGACAAGUAGCGAUUCGGAUUCGCUGUACUGCGAGUUUCAGCCGGAGAUCCAGAAUGAAAUAUUUUUGCGAAGACUCAAAUUUGGAUCAGAAAGUCACGGAGAGUAA